CAUCCUGGUUUGAUUGGAACGACGAAGAAGCUGUCCUAUUCCCAAACUGGGAAACUGGAAUCACCUGAUUAGAAAGUGGGAUAACUUCUUCAUACCAACUCCUAUGAGAUUUAUUCAACUUCCUGGUGUUUCUCCACCAUUUUAUGUAUCAAAAUCAAGCUUCUUACUGUUGAAAUGAGUUGAUCAAUAUGUGAGAAGAUGGCUUAAGGAGUUGGGAAUGAGAUUGUGUGAAGGCAAAGAGAAGGAGAGCUUGGGAGUGAUCAGGCCGUACAAGGCCGUACCGGCCGUACCAUCCGUACGGUCCGGAUCAAUCCACUACUCGACCAAGAAGGGGAGUUACCGCGUGAAAGAAGUAAACGGCCAAAGGGGUUUUACCUUAGAGGAUAUGACCGUUUGGAUGGAUAGAGUGACUGAGCCUUAUCCUCACAGGCUGGAACAGGCUGUAAAGGCAAAAGGAACCUAGUCCAAGAUGCCAAAAGCGUGUGACAGCUCCCAUUGGUUUACAUUUGAAUUAAAGCAAUCUUAUCCUUGACUUCAUAUGCUUAGUGCUCCUGAAUACCCUAAUGUCUCUCUCUAUAUAUGUUAAACUCUGUCUUGAUUAAUGGAUAACACGAGUUCAUCAUAAUCUCUCUCUAGUUCAUCAUGUUUCUCUUCUACAUUUCAUAAAUCAUCUCAUCUCACUUUAAUCUCUCUCUAAAUCUCUCAAUACCUGUUCAACUCUCUAAAAUCAUAUGGUAUCAGAGCCAGGUUGGCUUUGGUAUUGAGAUUUAGAGUGUUCUUCAGCUUCAGUUCAUACUCUUUCAUACUUUCUUUUCGGUUCUAACAAAACAAGAUGGAGGGAAACUACAAGGUCAUUACAGUUCCUGUUGCGUUGAAGGGUGGUAGUAACUACCUGUUGUUGUCAAGGCUGGUGAAGACAGCCAUUGGAAGGCUAGGGCUUUGGAGUCACAUCACGGAUGAUGCAGCCAAGCCAGUGGCUAAAGACGGAGAAGGAGGUGAAGGUGUUGGAGAUCAAGUUGCUGCUGCCGAGAAGAAGUGGAUUCAAGAAGACUUGAUGGUGCUUUCAGUGCUACAAGGGGCCCUUGAAGAGCAUCUCUUGGAGGCCUACAGCUACUGCGAGACUCCAAAACACCUGUGGGAGGUACUCCAAAAGACUUUUGGGAAUGUUACCAAUCUGAACCGUGUGUAUGAGAUCAAGAAAGCCAUCAACACACUGGUACAAGAUGGGGAGGAGUUCACCAAGCAUUGGGCAAGUAUAGAUCCUUCUGGUCUGAGCUUGAAUCGUUGAGACCAAGCACCACUGAUCAAGAGCUACUCAUGGAGAGGCGGGAGCAGGAUCAGGGUUUGGAUUGCUGUUGACACUGGAUCCUCCAUUCAAUGAUGUGAUCAUGCACAUGUUGAGGAUGCCGAGUCUCCCAUCUAUGGAGGAAGUGUGUGCGCAGAUUCAGAAGGAAGAGGGGUCACUUGGUUUGUUUGGAGGGAAAGGAGACAUGGCUCUGUCCAACAAGGCUGAAGCAAUCCAAGCAAACAAAUCCGCUUACCGUGGAGAGGAAAGGAAGUUCAGUGGAAACUGUGACCAUUGCAAGAAGCCGGGACACAAGAGGAGUCAGUGCUGGAUCCUACACCCCCAUCUGAAGCCGGCCAAGUUCAACAAGGACAGAGAGGGAAGAGCUCACCUUUUUGCAGAGACAAGUGAGGCCGGCGCAUCAGGAGCUGGUUCAUCUGGUCUUGCGGGUGAAAGUGAAGGAAGAGCCUUAACCUCUCACCACCAAGGAGCCGUGAAGAACAUGGAUCAUGAGGUGAUCAAGAAGUCAGACAUUGAUGCCUUGAUCAAAGCCCUUAAAGAGUCUGGUAACACCCUCGGAAACACCCUUGGUUAUUCCUAUACUGCUCAUGUGUUGCCUAGAACUUGUGAUAACUUGCUAGAAAACUUUGAUAGGAUGAGAACUGAACCGGAUAGUUAUAAAACCUUUACUGCUGAUAGGAUAUGUAGAAAUGAAUCCACAUUGCUUGAUCUCAUUGAUAAAUUGAAACUGAUAAAAGAACCACCUAGGAAUCAUAUUGCUCAAGGAAUAAAACUAUUGAUUAUUGAUUCAGGUGCUUCACAUCAUAUGAUAAGUGAUGAUAGUCUUAUAAAGAAUAUAGAACCGGCUCAUGGACAUGUAUAUGAACUUUAG